AUGGCCGCUAUUCAACUCAAGUUUCACCUUCGCACAUCGCCCAACGUCAAGACCGUCCAUCUGGUCGGGUCCUGGGAUAAUUAUAGUCGCGAGGCUCCUCUCUCUUGUGAUCACUCGAAGCCUGGUGCUUGGACGGGCAAGUUUCGUUUCCAGUCCUCCAUGCUGAAGUCUGGUGGACGGUACUGGUAUUAUUAUAUCAUGGAUGGAUACCACGUCUCCCACGACCCAGCAGUCCCAUACACCGUCGAGCCCACGACCGGCCGGAAACUGAACAUCCUUGACGUCCCCAGCGUCAAGUCCUCCGGCUCCUCCAACAGGGACAGGGGCAGCCAGCGCAUUCCUAACCGCACCAACGAAGUUGUCAGGGGACGUGCCCCGUCUCCUUCAAACAUCCAGCACCCUCGUCCCUCAAGACCGUGCCCCUUGCUGCGCAUCCCAGACAGCUAUGACCCGCCAACCAUGGCCGAGCUGACCAAAAAGUACGGAGGUUCUCGCUCUCAAUUGUCCAACCAGUCCUCUUCGUCCUAUUCGACCAGUCCGUCCCUGUCUUCGGGCUCCUCGAGGAGCAGUUCGCCCUCGUCCGUAUCGUCGCUCACCGACCCGCCUACUCCCACGUGCUGCUGUGAACGCUAUGGAAUUACUCACAAGGGCGACAGAAUCAAGCUCGACUGCAAUGGCAGCAGAUGCGGAUACGGCUCGGAUUGCGUAUCCCCGUCCUCCCGUGGCGGCUACUACGAGUCUGAGAGUGACGAAGACUACUACCAGAGUAGGCGUGGUUUUGGCCGUCGGGGCCUCGUCAUCCGCACAUAG